AGGGGCAACACCCAGCAACAAGCGGCCAUGUGUAAUACAGUGGACUGGCAGUUUCCUUAGAGUUCUUUCAUGAGGCUGACAAUGUGUCGUCCCUCACGUAUGCAUAAACGGUUUCCGUGGGCAGCUGCAGAAUUCAGAUUUUAUGUAAGGUUGAUCAGAGUUUACAAAGGGGGCGUUAUGGAGUUAAAUAAUAAUUGUUGAAACAUAUGGGACAUUAGAUAUAUGGGCAACAAAAUAAAGCGCACACACACAUAUAUAUAUAUAGAGAGAGAGAUACGUGGAUAGAAAUAUAGGCCUAUACUUUGUAUUUCGUCGUAAAUGUAUUUGAUGAUAUUCUAGCUAUUUUCGUCUUUAACAUAUGGCAAAUAUACAUUUUGCAGUGACCACUCUGUAAGUUGACCUAAGCACAUGCACCUAAAAUGGAAACGUCUUGCCUAUAUCUAUUAGACAAACAACUGUAGUUCUCCAAAGUCCUGUGCAGAAAAUAAAUUGUACCAGAAACCGCCGCUGAGUAGAGUAUGAGUAAAGUUGAUUCAGACGACCAGUAGGCCUAGUGAUGAGUAAAGCUUUUCUCACAGUCAAACGUAAAUAUGACCCGUACAAGAUGCGUCAUUAUGAAACACAUAAUCUUUAAUCGUCUGCUCCUACCACUCAGUUUAGUAGAACUACACAUCUUGAACGAGCAGGGAGCGCAUUCUCGUCUGGCGCUGUGCGCGUGUUUGGAUGUUGCGCCCAUUAGUUAAGCAAACUACUUUUCACGUAGCGCAUGCGGGGCACUCCUCAGUUGAAGUUAAUAUAUUUCGAAGUUGUCUUCAGUGCCGAGCCUAACUCCGUCGCCAAAUGGACAGCAACGGAUAUGUUAACGCAGAAUUUACCGCAGAAGAGAAAACUAUUUGUACAAGACGUUGUUUUGUGGAAAGUGACACAAAAUCUAACGAAACUGUAGCUGACACAGGUGGACAUGUGACAGGCAGAGGAUACAUCAGGUGCCGGGAAUUGGCAACGGCGAGUGGAGAGAGAGCUGCUGCUGUUGAAGACGCUGAAAGCGAGGCUUGUCCCCUUAAGAGACCUCAUAAACACAGGCCAAAAUCCAAGGAGCACAAACGCCUUAACACCCACAAACUAGUUUUACAAUAUAUAGAACCUUGUAUGAAUUCAUAUGGCCUUUGUAUAGUGGACAAUUUUCUCGGGAACGAAUCUGGUGAUCGUAUUCUACAAGAAGUCAGAAACAUUCACCAGAGAGGGGAGAUGCAAGAUGGUGAAUUAGUUUGCCAGACACCAGGCAAAAACAAAUCUAUUCGAGGGGAUAAGAUUGCGUGGGUGGAGGGGAAUGAACAAGGAUGUGAAAAUAUAGGAUUUGUUUUAACAAGAAUGGACAAGCUUAUCAUGCACGCCAAUGGCAGACUGGGAAAUUACAAAAUUACAUGGAGACACAAGGCAAUGGUUGCCUGCUAUCCAGGAAAUGGCACUGGUUAUGUGAAGCAUGUAGAUAACCCCAACGGAGACGGCCGCUGUGUUACCUGCAUCUACUACCUGAAUAAAAACUGGAACGCCAAGGAGCAUGGAGGAAUUCUGCGCAUCUUUCCAGAAGGCAAAUCUUACGUGGCAGACGUUGAGCCCCUGUUCGACCGGCUGCUUCUGUUUUGGUCCGACCGUCGAAACCCCCAUGAGGUCCAGCCGUCCUAUGCUGAAAGGUAUGCCAUCACUGUGUGGUAUUUUGACUCGGAGGAAAGGGCUGCAGCAAAAAGAAGAUUCAGAGAUUUGACUGGCUCCUCGGCGCCGGAGGGCAACGCGCCGUGAUCCGCAGACGUUAGCGUGGACUAAAGUGAGCGCAUGUGCCGCUACUCCGGAUCAGGAAGCGGUGAAAGUCAGCGAGGGUCUCCGAGACGCUCAGUAUUCUCCCUCUCCCCGUGAGCUGAGUCUGUCCCGCUCUCUGCACUUGGCCCCACGCACCCUCAUGGUACACCCCCCCCCCACCCCCCCUCUUUAUCAUUAGACAGCAAGGGGGGAAGACAGGAAGGAAUCAAUGAUUUAGUUUGCAGGAACUUUCUGGAAGUUGCACUUGUGCAUUUCUACUGUGCAUUACACAUUUAUUCUCAGACAGGGUAUCAGUUUUUUUUGUCAUUAAUGUGUGAUAAUGUGGACUGGGGCUGGUUUUGUCUUGUUUGUAUCAGUGUGCCGUUCUUUUCAAUUUGACACUAGACAGUGACGUCUACUGGGAUUCACAAAUUGAAACUGUACCUUUCGCUUCAUGUUGACCUGUUGGGAGAACAGGUCACUGAAGCUCUGAAAAUACAGAGCUGAUGAUAAUUCAGUCUGAAUGACAAAUGGUGCCCUGAAAAAUGUUCCUGUAAUGGAAGAUUUAUUUACGAAGGCCUUCAUGGUAAAAUAGACCAUUAUUAAUAAUGUUAACUAAAUAACAUAUUAUUUUAAAUUAAAUACACACACAGAGAUUUUUACUAUGAAUGCUUGUCUUGAUUAUCUGGUUGGAUAUGAUCUAUGCCUGUGGUAGAAGCACUGCUAAUUUGUUAAUGUAAUCACUUCUGAAAAAUCAUAGUGUCAGAAUGAGACAUGUUACAGUUUGAAAAGAUUACUACCGGCAUUGCCUAUUUGAUUUUGUUGUGUUGCUUUUUUUCCCCAAUGACUAGUAGUGCAGACCGUGAAUAUUAUUGAUCAAUCACUGGUUUAUUGAUUAAAAGAUUUAUGUGACCCGCUUUGUUUACGGUUUACUUCGUUGCCAAGAUUUGUCUGCGUAGGGGUUAGACACGCGUUAUCAUGUAGUCUCUUAUCCUCCACUGCGUAGGCUGAUGUGAAUGUGCCGUCAUAACCAACACUGAUCUUGUUCACAGCCUGUGUGUGCCUCUUAACUGUUGCCCGCCAUGGUUCAUAUGAUGCACUGAGAUUCCGGGGGUCGGCUUGCAUGCGGGUCAGCAAUGCUGUGUUAGUGUGGACGUGUGCCCUGUGGGUGGGCAUGUUUGUUUGGAUUCGUGACCGCUUGUGUGGUGUGGAUUGAAAUAAAGAUAGAGUUUUUUCUCGCUAAAA